AUGCCGGAACAAGCGCAACAAGGGGAACAGUCUGUCAAGAGAAGAAGGGUUACAAGAGCCUGUGAUGAAUGCCGAAAGAAAAAAGUUAAAUGCGAUGGUCAACAACCGUGUAUCCAUUGUACUGUAUACUCUUAUGAAUGUACUUAUAAGAAGCCCACAAAGAGGACGCAGAACUCCGGAAACUCCGGAGUUCUAGCGUUGGGCAAUGCUGCUACUGCUGCUGGCCCAUCAUCAAGUGCUGUAGUGGCCGCUGCCGCUUCUAACCCCAACAAACUUCUUUCAAGUGUUAAAACAGAAAGAGCUAUUUUGCCGGGUGUUUCUAUGAUGCCUGCAAGCAAUAACAUGUCUAAACCAAGGAAGUAUAAGACCAAGAGCACAAGAUUGCAAUCGAAGAUUGACAGGUACAAGCAAAUUUUUGACGAAGUCUUUCCGCAGUUACCAGAUAUAGAUAAUCUGGAUAUUCCUGUGUUCUUACAAAUCUUUCAUAAUUUUAAAAGGGACUCACAGUCGUUUCUAGAAGACACUGUGAAAGAAUACGUCUUAAUAGUCAAUGACAGUUCUUCUCCAAUCCAGCCAGUGCUUUCUUCAAAUUCAAAAAAUUCCAGUCCAGAUGAGUUUUUACCGAAUAUGAAAAGUGACUCGAAUAGUGCCUCCAGCAACAAUAGGGAGCAAGAAAAUACAGAAACAUACCCCAAUAUUCCAGUUGGUAGAGAGAUAAAAAUUAUUCUACCACCAAAAGCAAUCGCUUUGCAAUUCGUCAAAAGUACUUGGGAACAUUGCUGUGUUCUCCUGCGAUUUUAUCACAGACCAUCUUUCAUUAGGCAAUUAGAUGAGCUAUAUGAGACAGAUCCGAACAAUUAUACAUCCAAGCAGAUGCAAUUUUUACCGUUAUGCUACGCGGCUAUUGCUGUGGGUGCAUUAUUCUCGAAGUCCAUUGUCUCUAAUGACUCGUCAAGGGAGAAGUUUUUACAGGAUGAAGGUUACAAGUACUUCAUUGCAGCUAGGAAACUAAUCGAUAUCACAAAUGCUCGUGACUUGAAUUCCAUACAAGCGAUUUUGAUGCUGUUUAUAUUCUUACAAUGUUCCGCACGUUUGUCAACGUGUUAUACUUAUAUUGGUGUGGCUAUGAGAAGUGCUUUAAGAGCAGGCUUUCAUAGAAAAUUGAGCUCCAGUUCUGGCUUUAGUCCAAUAGAAAUUGAAAUGAGAAAACGCCUUUUUUACACAAUCUACAAACUGGACGUUUACAUCAAUGCAAUGCUAGGUCUACCUAGAUCUAUUUCUCCUGAUGAUUUUGAUCAAACUCUACCCCUGGAUUUAUCUGAUGAAAACAUUACUGAGGUAGCAUACUUACCUGAAAAUCAACAUUCUGUUUUGUCAAGUACAGGGAUUUCUAAUGAACAUACGAAAUUAUUUUUGAUUUUAAAUGAGAUCAUUUCUGAACUAUAUCCAAUUAAGAAAACUAGUAAUAUAAUAUCUCAUGAGACCGUGACUAGUUUGGAAUUAAAGUUGAGAAAUUGGUUGGAUUCGUUACCCAAAGAACUGAUACCUAACGCCAAGAAUAUUGAUCCUGAAUAUGAAAGGGCAAAUCGUCUGUUGCAUUUAUCCUUUUUGCACGUACAGAUUAUAUUGUACAGGCCUUUCAUUCAUUAUUUAUCGCGUAAUAUGAGUACCGAGAAUGUGGAUCCCUUAUCUUACCGAAGAGCAAGAAAUUCUAUUGCCGUAGCUCGAACGGUUAUCAAACUAGCAAAAGAAAUGGUUAGUAAUAAUUUAUUAACUGGUUCAUACUGGUAUGCCUGUUAUACGAUUUUUUAUUCCGUGGCGGGUCUUUUAUUUUACAUCCAUGAAGCACAACUUCCUGAUAAAGAUAGCGCCAGAGAAUAUUACGACAUUUUAAAAGAUGCAGAAACUGGAAGAAGUGUUCUUAUCCAGCUUAAAGAUUCUAGUAUGGCCGCUAGUAGAACCUAUAAUUUAUUGAACCAAAUCUUUGAAAAGUUAAAUUCGAAAACUAUUCAGCUUACCGCCUUACAUUCAUCUCCAUCCAACGAAAAUGCUUCCUUGGUCGCCAAUGAUCCCUCAGUUCUCAAAAACAAUGUGGGGGAGUCUUUGCAACCGCCCGUGUUUUUUUCUUCUCAGGAUACGAAGAGUCACUUUUCAUUAGCUAAGAAUGACGAAAAUACUACUGAUUACACAAUGGCAAACUAUUUGAAUAAUACACCAAUUUCUGACAAUCCAUUAAAUGAUGCACAACAGCAAGACCAAAUAUCUCAAGGGAUGGUAAAUAUGUCUAAUGUAAGAAGUUCUAACGGCUUCCUUUCUACUGAUAUUAGACUUGACAAUAACAGUCAACCAAACAUGCUUGAUACUGCUGAUGACGUCUUUGUCAAGAAUGACGUCGACAUCCCUGAUAACAAAGAAUUUGAUUUCAACAGUAGUAAAAGCAAUGCAUCAAAUGACCUCAACUCUGAAGUCAUUAGCAACAAUUAUAAUAACUCCCGUAACACUAAUAACACCACCACCACCAACAACAACAACAACAAUAAUAAUAAUAGUAAUAAUAAUAAUAAUAACACCAUUAACACUAAUAACACUAAUAAUAAUAAUAAUAAUAAUAAUAAUAAUAAUAAUAAUAAUAACAACACUAAUAAUACUAAUAAUACUAAUAGCUCUAAUAAUAAUAAUCAUAAUAAUAAUAGUAACAAUAAGAACAACAAUAAUAGCAAUUAUAACAAUAGUAACAAUAAGAACAACAACAGUAAUAAUAAUAAUAAUAAUAUUAAUAAUAAUAGUAAUGCUAUUAACAACAAUGACUUCGGCAUUAAAAUGGAUAACAAUUCACCAACUUAUGAAGGGUUUGCUCAUUUACAAAUGCCACUUUCACAAGACAGUAUGAACAUAGAAGAAAGAGGAGAGAUGUCACCAGAUAUGGAAAUUAAAAAUGAGCAUAGUAUAGCUGACUCGAACGAUAUUCUUGGAGUGUUCGAUCAGCUAGAUGCUCAACUAUUCGGGAAGUAUCUACCCCUAAAUUACCCCUCCGAAUGA